GGAUGAGAUUGGACAAGAACAGGGCCAAAACUGAACAUCAUGCGUUGUACGGAUAGAGAUGCGUAAUCAAUUCCACUGCCAUAAAAAGCUGAUCCCACUCAUCCACCGGGAAAUCGCCAUUACACCCAACUCUCAUUUCCCUUCAGCGUCACUCCACGGCUCCCUCUCCCCGCGACAAUAUCAAUCCCAUCCUCAUCUUCUCCGUUCCAAUCCUCUCUCGGCAUCCUUGGCCAUGGCGGAUUCAACCUGGCCUCAUGAAGCAGAGCUGUGUCGCAUAAGGAGUAUAGUUUCGAAAAUGUCCGGCAGGGAUGCUGAUGAGGUCCGGGUUGUAGUAUCUCCAUAUAGGAUUUGUCCCCUCGGAGCCCACAUUGAUCAUCAGGGAGGAAUUGUUUCUGCAAUGACUAUUAACAAAGGAAUACUUCUCGGGUUUGUUCCGUCUGCUGAUGGCGAGGUUUAUCUCCGUUCGGAACAGUUCAAAGGAGAAGUUAAAUUCAGGGUCGAUGAAAUUCGGCGCCCAAAAAAUUCCAGAGAAGCAAGCAGAAAGAACCACGUGAAUUAUUCUUCCACAGCAAAAGAAGAAUGGUGUUGGGGAAAUUAUGCUAGGGGAGCCCAAUAUGCGCUGCAAAGUAGGGGAAAUGUCCUUUCUCAGGGUAUAAUAGGAUAUAUAUGUGGUUCUGAGGGACUUGAUAGUUCAGGCCUGAGCUCUUCUGCUGCUGUUGGAAUUGCCUAUCUGCUGGCUUUUGAAAGUGCAAAUAACUUGUCCAUUUCUCCCACAGAAAACAUUGAGUAUGACAGGCUUAUUGAGAAUGAGUAUCUGGGUCUCAGAAAUGGUAUACUUGAUCAGUCUGCCAUAUUGCUUUCAAGCCAUGGUUGUCUCACUUAUAUGAAUUGCAAGACAAAAGAGCAUUGGCUUAUUAAACCUCCAAACGAUGGAGCAGAGUUCCAGAAGAACUUCAGAAUAUUAUUGGCUUUCUCAGGCUUGAAGCAAGCCUUAACUACUAACCCUGGAUAUAAUCGCCGUGUUGAAGAAUGCAGAGAGGCUGCAAGACUUCUUCUGCUUGCUUCUGGUAAUAGCAAAGAAGAACCUAUCCUCUCUAACGUUGAUCCAGAAGUUUAUGAAGCUCACAAGAAAAUUUUAAAACCUGACCUUGCUAAAAGAGCUGAGCACUACUUCUCGGAAAAUAUGCGAGUUAAGAAGGGACUUGAAGCUUGGGCUUCGGGUGAUUUGAACGAAUUUGGAGCGCUCAUCUCAGCUUCGGGUCUGAGUUCCAUUCAGAACUACGAAUGUGGUGCCGAGCCACUGAUACAGCUGUAUGAGAUUCUCGUGAAAGCUCCGGGCAUACAUGGAGCUCGGUUUAGCGGGGCCGGAUUCAGAGGGUGCUGCCUCGCAUUUGUAGAAUCCGAGAGAGCAGUUGAAGCUGUGUCAUUCAUAAAGAAGGAGUAUUCCAAGUGCCAGCCCGAUUUGUCUGGCCAUCUGAACCCAGACACUGCAGUACUAAUUUGUGAAGCCGGUGAUUGUGCUCGGGUAAUCUGACCGGCACUUUCCCAUAGCUAUUUAGAUUCAUCCAUUCUUCAUUAGAUUUUGAUCCACCAUUGAAUUUGUAUGUUAUCUCAAGUGUACACGUAAUACCGACUGUUCAAGUUCCUAGAAUCAUCAGCUGAACAUAACCUCUCCUAUGCCUUCUGCUUUGAACUUGUUCA